AUGGCUUCCAAAUCCGCCGCUUCUUCUUCUUCUUCCCAACAAAAAUCCUUCAUUCUCUAUCUCCUCCUCGUGCCUCUCGCCCUCUUCUUCAUCCUCGUAUUAUCCUUCACGCCCCAGCCGACCCUCACCGCCGCCAUUUGCCGGCUUCAAAAUGAUGAUCGGUUGAAUUCUGCCGCAAGAAAUGUUAACGUCGGUUUGGUUAACGUAGAUGACACGACGGAGACCACUGCAUAUGAAUUACUUGGAUUAACGGUGUCAAAGACGAAGACUGUGAACGUUGGUUUUGAUCGCGUGAGUGAGGAUUUGAAAUGGGAGGACUUCUUCCCUGAGUGGAUUGAUGAAGACGAGAAGUGGGGUCCACCCAAGUGCCCGGAGAUUCCAAUGCCGGCGAGGGCGGCGGAUUACGGCGACCUCGACGUAAUUAUAGCUAGGGUGCCAUGUGGGGGGGCUGGAGAGAAGGAAAAGGAAGGGAUAAGGGAUGUGUUUAGGUUGCAGGUUAAUUUGGUGGUGGCUAAUCUGGUGGUGAGGAGUGGGUGGGUGACGCCUGAUGUUCAUCGGACGGUGUACGUGGUGUUUGUAGGAUCUUGUGGGCCAAUGGUGGAGAUUUUCAGAUGCGAUGAUCUUGUGAUGCAUCAGGGGGAUUAUUGGGUGUAUAAGCCUGAGCUGAGGAGGCUGAAGCAGAAGGUGCUCAUGCCUUUUGGGACGUGCCAGCUUGCUCCUAGUUAUGCAGAGACAGGUAAAGAGGCGUGGAGACCUCUUUCGUCAGAGUCGACCCCACAGAAGCGCAAGCACACCACACACCACCACCAAAGGGAAGCCUACGCAACGGUCCUCCAUUCCUCAGAAGCCUACGUUUGCGGCGCAAUCGCCUUGGCCCAGAGCAUCAUCCGCACCAACUCCACCAAAGACUUGAUCCUCCUCGCCGACGACUCCAUCGCUUCCAACUCCCUCCGGGGCCUGAGAGCCGCCGGAUGGAAGAUCAAGCGCAUCAAGCGCAUCCUCAGCCCCUUCGCCCAAAAGGGUUCCUACAACGAGUGGAACUACAGCAAGCUCCGCGUGUGGCAGCUCACCGACUACGACAAAAUCAUCUUCAUAGACGCCGAUCUUUUGGUCCUGAAGAACAUCGACAAAUUUUUCGUCCACCCACAGCUGUCGGCGGCGCCAAAUGAUAAGACGAUUUUUAACUCCGGCGUCAUGGUAAUUGAACCGUCGAUGUGCGUGUUUAAGGACUUGAUGGAGAAGAGUUUCAAGCUGGGAUCGUAUAAUGGCGGCGAUCAGGGUUUUCUUAACGAAGUUUUCACGUGGUGGCACCGGUUGCCAGCGAAGCUUAAUCACCUGAAAAUUUACGGAGGUGGGAGCAAAGACGAAAAGCAUGAGAUUCCGGCGGAUGUUUAUGCGAUACAUUAUCUGGGGCUGAAGCCAUGGAUGUGUUAUAAGGAGUAUGAUUGUAAUUGGGACAUGCCGGACCACCAUCCUUUUGCUAGCGACUCGGCUCACCGGCGGUGGUGGCAGGUGUACGAAGCGAUGCCGAAGAAGCUGCAGCCUUUUUGUGGGCUCUCUGAGAAAAUGGAUGCCAGGGUGAGGAAGUGGAGAGGGAAAGCUAGAAAUGCGAAAUUGCCAGAUGGGCAUUGGAAGAUUAAGGUUAAUGACCCGAGACGACGACGACGUUUUGUGGAAUAA